GAGCAGAAUCUUUGAAUCACAUUUAUGUAAGAAGGCCAGUUGAUGCUAUGUAUCUAAGGCAUUUUCAACGCCAUUUUCCACUGUUACCAGGAGCUCUAAGCAAUAAACUUUGUGCAACUGUUGCACAUUAUUCUGGAGAUGCUGCUGUGGAAGAUCUUGUCUUGAGCCCAAGCUGUAUUGAACGCUUACAAAGCCUGAACAGGAAAGCUGCAGCAGCAGACCAGGGAGGUGCAGCAGUGGAUCAGGGUGGUGGUGUCAGCAAUGCUCCACCACAGUUCCUCAGGAUAGUGGUGGAAGGAGGUGGCUGUUCAGGCUUCCAAUAUAAGUUUAAUUUGGAGGAUAAGCUGCAACCUGAUGACAGACGUUUUGGUCCCCCAGACGCCAGUGUGGUGACUGAUGAAGUUUCACUGUCGUUCAUCAAAGGAGCCACAGUUGAAUAUCAUACGGAGCUCAUACGGGCAGCCUUCCGUAUUGUCAACAACCCUCAAAGCAAGGCAGGCUGCUCAUGUGGUGCAUCAUUUGCCAUCAAAAUUUAGUAGAAAUAUUUUUUUUGUUGAACUAUGAAAAUCUUCCUAGUUUGCAUCUAAAUUCGUAAAACGGUUUACCAUAAAUUGUGCAAAUAUUAACAAAUGGAAUACAAAUUUAGUAGACGUUUCACAUUGACUUAUGCAAUUUUUCCUAGUUGCCAUCAAAGCUUAGAACUUAUUUAAUACCAAAUAUUGUCAGAAAGUGUGUCACUAUGUUGACAAUAUGACCCAUUAAUAUUUAUGAUCACUAUGUUGACAAUAUGACCCAUUAAUAUUUAUGAUAGCACUUGUGACUGGUUGUGUCUGGAUAGAAUUGACGAAUCUGUCCUGACGCCUCGUCAGUUGUUGUCUUGCCUUGUUCUUAGUUCUUGAUGAUUAUUUAUGAAUUGCUGCAUUUAUCAUGAAUUAUCAUGAGCACUUCCAAUGGUGCGUGCUCUUAAGUCACUAUAAUGGGGGCGCUUUGUAUGGAGAUGUACACUGUUCAUAAAAUUAUGAUAUAAAUUAGAUAAUGGCAAUGUUAAGGCAACGUCUCUAGUACGCGGACGCGGUAUAUGUAUAGCUGCAUGCUUGCUGCUAAUUGAUCUGAUCUCUUCCAAUUAUCAUUACGAUUGUCAUGGUUGGAUAAAUGAUUAGUUGGUGAGUAAAACUUAUGUUCAAUAACUAAUUCAUAUAAUGUUCACUAACUAAUGCAUAUAAAAAUGAAGCCGCAAAGUUUGAGCUAAAUUAUUACACGCUCAAUAUGUUAGAGUGUCAGUUGACAUGUUCUCAUAGGAUAUUUGUGAGUAUUUUUAUUAUAUAAUCAGUACAUUUGUCUCGGUACAGUCGCAAUUUCUGUUCAUUUGUUGGUUAAAUGUUGUCAAUUUAUACUCAUGCGCUUUUUCUGCUCUAUUCGUUGAGAAUCUUUAAAUAAAUGAAUAUGCUAUAUUAGCCACAUGAAUAUGCUAAAUAUUAGAUAAAUAAAUAUGAUAUGUAUUAGCCAAAUAAAUAUGCUAUAUAAUAGCCAAAUGAAUAUGCUAUAUAUUAGCCAAAUUCCGGGAAAUUUUUCACAGUGAAACACAGGCAAUGAAACCUGCCCCCAUUCACUGCAUGCUUAGUUAGUUUCAUUGUUGGAUUAUCUUGCAGUUGAAUAUUGUUACUAUGUUUAUAUGAGCCUGCUGAAAGGGCAGCGUAUGAACUGUAUUAUACAGUUCUGUAUUGUAUAAAUGUAUUCCCAAAACUUCAUGCUGCUGUGAGAAAUGUAUAAUUGUUAAUGCGUGUAUAUUGAAUAAAUCUAUCUGAAAUA